AUUAUAUUUAUUAAUAUAUGUAUACAUAUGUAUUUUCUGUAUUCUUACCUUAGGCAAAUCGUUAAACGUUCUCUUGGCUUAAUUGAUUCUCUCCAACUUGUAUUUUGUUUUUUUAUUUGAUCAGCAAUUGUAUUGAGUAAUAUAUUAAAAGCAUGUUCCGACAUUUGAAAAUAUUGAUGAAAUUUGAUUGGAUCAUCAACAAAUUCUUUAUAUAAGGUGAAAAAUUCAUCCUCCGUUUUACGUUCUGUCCAUGCUUUAUGAACCCAUAAGUUUUCUUUUUUUUCUUGGAGACUUCUUUAUCCAAAAUUAAUGCUAUUACGGCCAAUUUGUCUUCUGACAAACGUGCCAUGAUCACGGAUGUCUCAAGACUGACGUGUUGUUUCAAAAAAUUUAUGGAUAUGAUCCGGACAUGUGUAAAUAGUCAAUCCGAUUUUGCUGGUUCGGUACGGAUACGGAACGGAUAUGUAUAAAUGAGCCUUUAUACGAGCCUUCCGCGUCGCGUGCUGUGCCUGGAUGUCAAAAGAGGCAAGCGCACGCCUGUGCAUUGCCCGACAAAAUAUAUUGUGUAACUUUUUUACUUAUUGGAAUUAAAAAAAACAGUUUUAGGACAACAUUCUUGAAAGUUUAAACUGUCGAAAAGUGCAAUUAAAAAAAAUUGAUUUUUUGAACCCGACAAACUGCUAUGCCCCCUUAAACGCAGACAAAAGUUCUUUUUGCAUAAAAUUGUUGUUAGGAAUAAAAAAUAAACUUAUUUUGGCAAUUUUAAACGCAGAAAGUUGCGAAUAACUCUGUGAACUCUUCACUUCUAAGGCAAAAAGAAAUAUCUAUGAUCAUAAAGUUCUCCUGUGUGAUCUGAUCGGCUUUGUGAACUUGGCACCCGACAUGAAGCGAAUUUUUCUUAUUAAUUUUUUUCCAAAGAUUUUCGUAUGUUGAAUGUAGUAACAUUUAUUUUAUUUGUAGUAGCGCAGGAAAAAAUAUCGGAAUUUAAAAAAAUGUUAUCCCUCGACUUUGAAAUAAAUAAAUUUUAACGAUUGUUUCUUAUAGAAAAUCAUUUGUAGUGGAUUGUAGUACAAUUAUUUCUGUUUGUAGUUGAACCGUUCGCGCGGUAUAAUUAUUUAAACAAUUUAUAGAGAGCGAUUUUUUAGUUAAUUUUAAAAUUAAUUUUAAAGAUACAUCAAACCCGCUUGCGGGACUUGAUUCUGAAUCGUUAGUAGUUGUGUAGUAAUUUUGCUUUUGUUUGUAAUUGAACGCGGUAUAAUUAUAUAAACAAAUGCCUUAUAGGUGGUAAUUGUUAAUUUUUAAGACAUCUUAAAUCUGGUUGCGGGACUCGAUUCAGAAUUGUUUAUAGUUGUUUGUUUAUAGUGAUUUUGCUUUUGUUUGCAGUUGAACCAUUUGCGCUGUAUAAUUAUUUAAAAAAUUUAUAGACAACAAAUUUUUAAAUUUUGAAGAUAGCUCAAAUCCGAUUGCGGGAUAUAAAUUGUUUAAAUUAUUAUACAGCGCGAACGAUUCAACUAGAAACAAAGCAAAAUCGCUACAAACUACAAAUGAUUCUGAAUCGAGCUCCGCAAGCGGAUUUAAGGGCUGCGUUCCGAAAUUUACUGCUAGUACUGAAAAUCUAGUACACGUUACAUGAAUACUAUAGAAUUGUAAAUAUUAAGUUUUGAAUUUGGGACACCUUGUAUAUAAGCAAACUUCUCUAUAACACUUUACUCUAUGAUUUUGAAAAGGAAAGAAAGAAAUAUAACUAGUAAGACAACAGUAAAUAUUAUGAUGACCUUGUGGACGAAUUGCAAACUAAAAUAUGCUUUGAGUUGAAAAUAUGCUGAAAUGUUAGUAGGUGGUAGAAUAAGCAGAUAGUAGGAAAAGAAAGCAUAUAUUGUGUUAGCGUUGAAGAAGCAUAUUACGAUAUGUGUAACCUUAAGAAACGAAUGAAUAAAUAUACAUAAUUGUUGGUAUUACAUGAAUAAAUAUACAUAAUUGUUGGUAUUACAUGCGAGUACAUUAAACUACAUAUAGAGAUAUUGAGAAAAUGAGAAUGAGUCUAAAUUUUAUGAGAGAAACAUACGAUCUGUUUUCUCCGGGAGAGGAACAGGAAAGUGAAUAUUGUGAGCUUCGAUAUAUAAAGCAGAGAAAUAAGGAAGAGUUAUUGCACGAAAAUUGGAUAAAACAACGAAGAGAUUUAGAAAAGGAGUUUCAAGAGAAAAUAGGGAAUAGCAUAAAAGUGCGAUCGGCCGAUAAUUAUGUGAAGUUUAUAUAUAAAUAUAAAGGACAUGAGAUAUUUGACGCGACGAUUUUUCGAUUUAAGAUAAUAAUUGUAUAUCACAAUUUGUUGCGUAAAUGGUACAUUAGCCCUGGUUAUUCUUUCGUGCCGGAAGUGAUUGAUCUCAAAGACAAACUUAAAUCUGGCACAAACCAUCCUUUCUCUGAAAAAGUAUUCAAUUUAAUUGAUGACGUAAUACAUUUAAUAGAUAUUUUCAUGACUCGUCUGACCACUGUGUAUCAACUCAUGUACAAUGUGCAAAAGAAAUACAAAGAUCUGCAAUUUGCUAUGAAUGCAAUUGUUACAGAAAUAAUAUUGACAUUUACGGAAAACGCAUGGCCAACUGAUAUACAUAAAUUUACCAUUAAAGAUAUGAUUAUUUUAAAGUUGAAAUUAGAAAAAAAUAUUCAAGAUAUUCAUACUAUCGCUUAUACAUAUAAAUAUCAGAAGGUUCAAGCAAAAGAUGGAAGAGAACAUUUAAACAGGUUUUUAAAAAGAAAUAUAAACAAGUUGCAAUCGAAGUUGCAAACUUUUUUCCAUUUUUCUUUGGAAGAAGCGAUUGAAAGAUUUAUUACAUGGAGCGAAACAUCCACAAGUUCACAAGAACAUGAAGGUUCACAGUAGAAAGAUUAGUAUUAUUAUAAGUUAUUAUAGAUUAUUAUAAGUUUAAUUAAUGUCUUAUACCUAAGAUCUUUUGCUUCUUUUGUUACGUUUUACAUUUUUUGUUUUCAUUAAUAAUUAGUAAAA